ACCACACUACAGAAGAAGAUGUGGGGAGCAGUCUCACGGCUCUGACCUCUGGCACGAAGACUAGCCCUCCAACCAGAGUUCAUGUGGAUCACACAUACGCGAUGCAAGGCGCGAUGGAUGGACAUGGCCCGCCGCCUGGAGGAAACGAUGUGGGGGCACCUGAACCUUCCCCUACCGAUUAUGAUGCGUCGGUGUCUUCGACUUCUGCGGUUCCUCACCAACGGUCCUGUGCCACCCGCACCGAGGGCAAGGGGAAGAUGGACGUGUUGAGGGCCAGACUUCGACAGCUUCGGAAACAUAACAAGAGACUCCAGCAACGACUGCAGCGACGGCGUCAUAUGCUGACUGUCACUGAGAUAGUUGAAAGUGUACGUAGCCUUGUCUCUCCAGCCAUUGCUGCCCUUGUGGAAGGUCAGCUGAAGAUGACCAAUGCGAGCAGGUUCGGUAGGCGGUGGUGCAGCCGGAACAAAGCCUUUGCCUUGGGCUUCUACUUUCACAGCCCUAAGGGUUACCGGUACUGUAGGCAAUUGUUGAGGCUCCCAUCCGUUAGGUCGCUACAGCUUUGGCUUCAGCGUGUUCCCCUGAGGGUUGGUUUUUACCCAGAAGUUUUCAAACUAGUCAAAAGACGUGCAGCUUCUUUUUCACCAGAAGACAAGCCAUGCAUUAUUGCCUUUGACGAGAUGCACCUCACGAAAGAGCUCUCGUACAACCCCUCUGUGGACAGGUUUGAAGGGCUCGAAGAAAGUAACACUGGAAGAGGCCAUAACCUUGCAAACAAAGCUCUUGUGUUUAUGGCUAAAGGCAUUCGCACGCCAUGGAAACAGCCACUUGGCUAUUGUUUUGCUCAUGGGGGAACACCUGCCAACAUUUUGCGUGACCUUCUUUUCCAGUGCCACAAUUUGCUUGUGAAAGCCGGCCUGGAGCCAGUAGCUGUCGUAUGUGACCAAGGCAAUCAAAAGGUUGAUCUUUUUAAUGGCCUUGUUACCCCUGAGAAGCCCUACGUAACUGUGAAUGAGAAGCCACUUUUUUUUUUCUAUUUGAUGUUCCACAUCUGCUAAAGUGCUUACGAAAUAUUUUCUUCAAGUACAAUUUUCAAGUUGGGGACCACACGUUGAGAAGCUCUUUCCUCAGGGAAGCUUACGAAAAAGACAAACAGCUUGAAAUCCAAUCCAUGCCAAGGCUCAGUGAGAAGCAUUUUAAUUUGACUUUUGCCUCCAGAAUGUCAGUGAAACUAGCAGCGCAAAUAUUCAGUAAUCACUGUGCUGCUGCAAUGUUUGCCAUGGUAACUUUCCAGCAACUGCCAGUUGAAGCUAUCAACACGGCCCGGUUUAUUGAAAAAAUGGAUCGUCUUUUUGAUAGCUUGAACAGCUCACAGAAACGCGGGAAGAGUGCAUAUGUGUCUGCAAUGCACGAAGGCUCUGUUCACAAGGAGUUUCUGAAAGAAUGCUUUCAUAUGUUCAAAAGCCUUACCGUUCUUGGGUGCCCACGGCAGCCUGCUUGCAUUCGCGGUUUCUCCUUGACCAUUCGGUCUAUUAUGCUGAUUUGUGAGCACCUGACAUCUGAGUAUGGUUUCAGAUACCUCCUGACUCGCCAUCUCAACCAAGAUGCACUCGAAAACACAUUCUCCGUAAUAAGGUCAAAGUCUGGUGCGAACGCCAAUUCCUCUUGCCGGCAGUUUCAGGCAGCCUUUAGACAUCUCCUAGUUAGCAACUUGUUUAAACUGUCUGACAAGAGCAACUGCGAAGAGGACAUGGCAACUCUUUUAGCGGCUCUUCCGGUUGGUUUCUCAGCUCCCUCAGCUUCACUUAGUCUAGGAAGCUCACUUCCACAAUGUGCAGCUGACCUCACAUCCUGUAGUUAUCCCACUUUAUUAUCACUUAACAACAUGGUUUACUUUGCUGGAUGGCUUGUAACAAGGUUUGUCAUAUAUCACACAUGUCAAAACGUGACUCAGCAAUGUGAAUUGCAAAUCAAGAAUGCCACUUUUUCUGAUGACAGCCAAGUGUUGUUGUAUUUGAGUGUGAAAGGAACGGCUGAAGGAGGCUCUGGAAGCCUCUCGGAACCAUCACCUUGCUUUGUUUUUUUCGUUCAAGCUUGUGAGAAGGUUUUUGUGGCGUCAAUUGACAGUCUUGUUUUGAAAGAAGGCGUUGGGAAGGCGUUGUGCAUCACUCUUCAUGAGAAGGUCGAAAAGCUGCUGACACUCUGCAGUGAGGAUGUCUAUGGUAAUUUAUUUGCUUUGUUUACAAGGGCGAGGCUGCGUUGGUUCGCCCGUAAAACAAAUACUGAGCUCCUUGAUGCAGCUGCGAGACGCAAAACCCAGCAACGAGUCCAGAGGCUGUGCAGAUGAGACAACACUUGCGUUAUGCCCACAGGAAGUCCCUUUAGUUUGUCUUACGUGUUGCAUUCAACGAUCACGCUGGCAUACCGGAUUGUGCGAGUACAUACCUCUAAAUUAUCACACGCUUUGCCGAAACUGUCUACUGCGAUGACCAAAUGAAUCUAUCAUACUUUAAAUAAAGUGUAAAAGUUUGUUUCGCAUGCUCAGACAGUGCGAUCAACGUAUAGGUUCAGCUAGAUGAACUUGAAUUUUCAAUGAAUCAAUAUCAAAAUUUCAGUGUCACAGCAGGCAAAACUAAUUUUUUCGUUCUAAGUAAAACAUGUUAGAUUCAUUCGACCCUCGCUGUAUAGUGCUAGAUGACGUUGCUCACUGAAUGAUGGGACAGGGUGUCUACCAAAUCACUUAUUCCAAAUUUCCCAAUUUUCCCAAGGUUUUCCUCUCUAUUUCGAUAAAAUGUUGACCGUUACUUCGGUUCAGGGAGUGCCUAGUGGCCUGCGCUGCCUAGUGACGUGUCGGGCAACGUUAUUCAGUGCAGCGGCACCACGUGAAAUCCUUGUGCAAUCAUCGGGCUUCGUUGCCCGCUGCCGUUCCACUUUCGCUUAUCAUUUUUACUGAUUAGGAACUUUUUUACGGUUCCCUUUAUAUUACCCUGUUCUUUAAAUAUAAUCCGCCUUACUUAAAUAUUUUAAGUUUUCCUGGUUGGUAGACACCUCACACACCCUGUGCAUUAUUGAAGAGUAUGUGAGAAGAAGCGUUGACCUCGAUGUUUUCUUGUGCAGUGUGACGACUUGAGACAUAAACCUGGAUUAAUGUUUGGUUGUGUGAGGUAUACAAAAGUAUAUCAAACUGCGAUGAAAGGUAACUCAGUGAGUCAGUAUGGUGCUAACAAUUUGCCACAAAGCGAAUUAUUAUCCUUUUUCUAAUGCUUUCUUUCCUGUAAUUUUGUGGCAGUUUCCUGCGUACUAAUCCUCACAUAAAUAGCCAAGCUGUGGAGCACAAUAUGUGUGUGACGAGCGCAUGUGCUAUAACGAAACGUCUCAAUUUUUAAUCUCUUGAAGCAUUAAUUCAUGUGGACAUUAAAAUGCAAAAGACAUGCAUAACCCCGCACCUCCACCUGUGAUUGAUAUAGUUAAAUCUUGUUACGAGCUCUCAACGUGAACAGUGCAAGAUAAAUGCGUAAACGUGCCUCUCGUUGAGAGUAUUAAGUGCGUGCAUAGAGUUGUCCAGACCUUAUUUCACUUCGUUUUAAUGCCAUAUCUAUCUUCAAGUGUUCAGUGGUGCUGUUGUAAGUUUUUAUAUAAUAAACUG